UGCGCUAUUUUAUCUACCAAUUGUGUGCAUAUUACAUCGAUGUUGUGAAUUCCUAACACGAUAAAUAAUUCACAAUAGUUCAUCAUCUAAUUUAUAUUCCCAACUUGGAACUGAAUUAUAUUCAUAACUACUACUUUUCAACUCAAGAGAGAAUAAGUUCUUCUUUAAAACUAACGUACAAGCGAAACUGAUUUUAGGAAGUAAUUUCACACAUGUUGCAUCAAUUAACAACUCAAUGCAACAUCAAAUAUAUUCACAUAAAUGUUUAUUGAAGUCAUUGGUAAUUUCACCGCGAAACUUAAGUCUUAAGUGGCGAAUUAAUGUAAACGAAACAAUUAUAUAACGACUCUUCAAAAUAAAGCGUACAGAAAGUGCAUUUUCAGUAGCGUCCGCCCGUGAGAAGCAACAAUCACAUAUUGCCUUUGUUUUGAAACGUAAACAAUGGGACGUGUAACGCAAGUUAGAAUUUGCCACAAGAACCAUACGAUACCAGAUUUAAGGCAACAACCACAUACAGCACCAGAUUUACAGCUACAAGCACACAAGUGCCGCUCCAGAUUUACAGCAACAACCACAUAUUCGUAGCAACGAAAUACAUAUGUAAAACAGCUGACGCUCUCUGCCGGCUUGCUAUCCAAUUUUUGUAUUUCGACGCAUGUCAAAGACGUAUAGAGAGAGAAAAAUUUUAAAUAAACUAAGUUAACAAAACGGACAGUUUUUGGCAGCAAAUUUGGCCAAAAUCAAUACAAAAUUGCAAUUAAGUGUUUCAGGGAAAGUUUAAAUUAAUCAUUGGAAAAUUAAGAAAAAUAAACAAACGAAGUAAAAUUUUGAACGAAUUGAAAAUGAAUUAUAUAAAACCCUUUUGGUCGCGCUUCACAAGACGGUUUACUAAAAUCCAGAAUAAACCAACCAAUUCUCCACAAACUAAAAAUGCUAUAACCCACCGCCUAAAAGAGUGGAAUCGAAAGCUCAAGCAAGCAGGAGUAGGGGAUAGAGAAACUAAUAUAAAAUACCUAAUGGAAAGUGCGAUAAGUAAAAACUUGCCCUCAUACGACAGUAUAAAAGAAUUAGAGCUUUCUGAAAAGCAAUUAAACAGAUUUGAAGAACUUUUCAAGAUGCGCUGUGAUCGCAGACCUUUGCAGCAUAUUGUCGGCGUAUGGGACUUUAACGGAUUACCGCUGAAAACGAACCCAGCAGUUUUUAUACCACGUCCCGAAACUGAGCAAUUUGUUUCUGAAGUUAUACGGCAUUAUCGUAAUAUUUCAAACCCCAUUGAAAUGCUAGAAGUCGGUUGCGGUUCAGGCGCCAUAUCAAUGGCUAUGUUGCGAUCUAUACCAUUUAUAAGGUCUUCUACUGCGAUCGAUUGUUGUGAUGAUGCCAUUCAGCUGGCCAAAGAGAAUGCUAUCAAAUUAAAAUUAAGCGACCGUUUCCAAGCCUUUAAGCAUAUGGUAAAAGAAAACGAUUAUUUACCAAGUCCGCUUAAAGGUAAAACGUACGACUUGAUUAUUUCCAAUCCACCGUUUGCUAGAACCGAUGAAUUGUCUUGGCUAUAUCCUGAAGUGAAAUGUUAUGAAAAUCGUAUAGCUUUGGAUGGGGGUUCGGACGGCUUAGUUGUGGUUCGUUUAGUACUACAUUUAUCUCGUUUUCAUUUACGUAGUGGCGGAAAGCUAUGGCUAGAAUUGGGCAAUGAUCAGACACCUCUAGUGAAAACUAUUGUAAAUUUAAAACAUGCAGAAAACUUGCGGUUUUUGAAUAGUUAUAAAGAUCGGUACGGUCGUGAACGUUUUGUAGAAAUUGAAAAAACGUGAAUAUUUUACUGGAUGAAAACAAUAAAUUCUAAAACAAAAACGGUUUUUUAAGGAGAAAAAUUAUUAUUCAAAAUUUCCCGCGA